AUCAAGGGUGUUGCGUUUCACGCUCUGGGAGCCCGGGUGUCAAAGCCCGACUCUCUUCACGGUCGGACAACAUCGCCGGAGUGGUGGCCGGUGGGUCGCGUUGUAUCGGUUCGCGUGGCGUUUCGUUUUCUUCCUCUUCGGGGUUCGCUCCGUCGAGGGGGGGGUGAUCGCUCGCGUUCAGUUGACGCGGUUCGCUCCACCCAGUCAAUCGUUCGGGGUGCCCUUCACCGGGUGUCUCGGGCGGCCGGCAACGUUUACUUUGAACAAAUUAGAGUGCUCAAAGCAGGUGUAUCCCAACGCCUGAAUAUCGCAGCAUGGAAUGAUGGAAUAGGACCUCGGUCCGAUUUUGCUGCGAAGGCAUUUGCCAAGAAUGUUUUCCUUGAUCAAGAACGAAAGUUAGAGGUUCGAAGGCGAUCAGAUACCGCCCUAGUUCUAACCAUAAACGAUGCCAACCAGCAAUCCGUCGGAGUUACUCCAAUGACUCGACGGGCAGCUUCCGGGAAACCAAAGUCUUUGGGUUCCGGGGGAAGUAUGGUUGCAAAGCUGAAACUUAAAGGAAUUGACGGAAGGGCACCACCAGGAGUGGAGCCUGCGGCUUAAUUUGACUCAACACGGGAAACCUCACCAGGCCCGGACACUGGAAGGAUUG